AUGAUUGAACCGGCGAAGCCCGUCGUUUUCGUCGCCAAAGGCAGUCGGCAUCCGGCUUAUCCCUUGGAACGCGAUGAGGAUGUCCUAGAACCAGGAUGCUAUAUUUUGCGAUACAGACACCUGAGGCACCCUGCAGUACUAUCCAGCAACGUCACACAUCAAUCCUCCGACCCUACCAAUGCCGCGGACGCUAUGAGUCAGCGCCUGUCUCUUUCUACGAGGAUGUCUGGAAGCGAAGAUGAUGCGACGUCCGAUGUUGUUCGGGCCGUGCUUCCCACCGCAACUGCUGUUAUUCCCGGUCGUACGAGGGUAUCCGCCCGAUUGAGCCGUCUGUACGACGACGGCAUAGUCGAGAAUAGCGAUGAAACCGUCCCUAUGGACAUCGGCGCGACGUCAGACGCUACCAGGCCGUCGAUGUCGCCUCGCUUGACCAUUCGCGUACCUGGACGCCCAUACAACGGGCACACAGGAAGACAAUCGGACGAACAGAAGGAUGCUCUGCCGGUAUUAUCUGGAACGGCGAGGCAUGCUUCAUUGGAUGCCAAGCCAAGCUCGGAAGCCAAGGCAGGUUUGGACACUCAGGCUCAGGCAGGUAUCCACGGCGAGUUACUGCCAGAUGCCAAAGUGAGCUCAAGUGCUAGCGCAAAAGUCUCCCCAUUGUCUUUUGAGCACGCUAUUCGAUCGAGAGUCGAAAAGGUUCGCUGGUAUUUCUCGCACGGCGCGCCUCUUGAAGCUGUCCCUGUACCCCCGUCUGUCGCUCAGUUGAGCGACCUCUAUAUCCAUCGGGUAGGGACGGAGAUUCAAGUGUGGAUCCGUGUCGCGCCACCUGCUUGGGAGCAAGUAGAGGAAGGCCAUCCUCACCCGAACCUCAAAGGAUACGUGCUCCGCAUUCUGGAAACGGCGGAGCCGCGUUGGGUAACCGAGGACACCUGGCGUACCUAUGUUGGUCGCUGGAAGAAACAGGUGAUGUUGCAACCCGGCCGUACAGCUGUAAAGGCGUCGAGGAGCGCUUAG